AAAAAAGGCGUCAAGCGGAAAGCCGACACCACCACGCCCACCACCACGGCCAUCAUCGCCACGAGCGGCGGCGAGUCCUCCCCUUCCAUCGGCGACAACCCCAAAGCCGCCAAGAUCCCGGCGCGCCGCGAGAGCGGCCGGCCCAUCAAACCGCCCCGCAAGGACCUCCCCGACUCGCAGCAGCACCAGACGUCCAAGAAAGGGAAACUUUCCGAGCAGCUCAAGUACUGCAACGGCAUCCUGAAGGAGCUGCUGUCCAAAAAGCACGCCGCCUACGCCUGGCCCUUCUACAAACCCGUCGACGCGUCGGCGCUGGGGCUGCACGACUACCACGAGAUCAUCAA